AUGGUCCUGGAGCUCCGCGGCGGCGGCACCAGCAGCAGCAGCCCCCUCCCGGCCGGCCCCCGCCCGCUGCGCCCCUGGGCGCCCCACCACCCCCGGCAGCUGGGCAGCGGCGAGAGCGGCGGGAUGAUCGCGGGCUCCUUGCAGCCCACCCGCUUGGGGAAGCUGCUGCAGGGGGUCACGGCCGGUCCCGGGGCCAGCGGGAGCGGCGACGGCAGCAGCAGCCCCAGCGCGCUCAGCCCCAGCGGCUUAGACGGGGGCCCCAACGAGACGCACUGCGUGCUGAUCCUCAGCUACGGCAGCGGGGAGAAGGUGGUGAUCGGGGCCGCCCUGUCGCUCAUCACCCUGCUGACCAUCGCCGGCAACUGCCUGGUGGUCAUCUCCGUCUGCUUCGUCAAGAAGCUCCGGCAGCCCUCCAACUAUCUCAUCGUCUCGCUCGCCCUGGCCGACCUCUCGGUGGCCGUGGCCGUCAUGCCCUUCGUGAGCGUCACCGACCUCAUCGGCGGCGAGUGGAUGUUCGGCACGGCCUUCUGCAACGUCUUCAUCGCCAUGGACGUGAUGUGCUGCACCGCCUCCAUCAUGACCCUCUGCGUGAUCAGCAUCGACAGGUAUCUUGGUAUCACCAGGCCUCUUACCUAUCCUGUAAGACAAAACGGGAAGUGCAUGGCUAAAAUGAUCCUUUGUGUUUGGCUGCUGUCUGCUUCAAUCACUUUGCCUCCUCUCUUCGGCUGGGCUCAAAAUAUCAAUGAUGGCAAAGUGUGUUUAAUAAGCCAAGACUUUGGGUAUACAAUUUAUUCCACUGCUGUUGCUUUCUACAUUCCCAUGUCAGUUAUGCUUUUCAUGUACUACCAAAUCUUCAAGGCGGCCAAGAAGAGCGCUGCCAAACACAAGUUUGCUGGCUUCCCAAGGCCUGAAGAAAAUGAAGGGAUUGUUUCCGCAAAUGGCAUUGUCAAACUGCACAAGGAGUCAGAAGAAUGCACAAAUUUUUCACGACUGCUUAAGCACGAACGGAAGAACAUUUCCAUCUUCAAAAGGGAGCAGAAAGCUGCAACCACCCUUGGGAUUAUUGUCGGGGCCUUUACUGUGUGCUGGCUGCCCUUUUUCAUCCUUUCCACUGCUAGACCCUUUAUCUGUGGAAGGUCUUGCAGUUGCAUCCCGUUGUGGGUUGAGAGGACUUUUCUGUGGUUGGGUUAUGCAAACUCCCUUAUCAACCCCUUUAUAUAUGCUUUCUUCAACCGGGACCUGAGGACCACCUAUCGCAAUCUGCUGCAGUGCAGAUAUAGGAAUAUCAACCGUAAGCUAUCAGCUGCAGGAAUGCAUGAAGCCUUGAAGCUUGCUGAAAAGCCAGAGUUUGUUCUGAGGAGCUCUGAUUACUCAAGAAGAAAGAGCCAUGAUUUAUGACUGAAUCAAGACCCCAGCAGUCAUAUGCAGACAAGGAACUGCUGGGCAAAGGACUGAUCCAACCAACAAGGAGAAACUGAUGGGUUAAUGAAAGGCACUUGGUCCACUAUGGAAGAGAAUGUUGUGAAGAAGGUCAAGGAGUUUGGUAUAUUGUAUUGGAUGUACUUCUGCUGAACACAGUGAUGUCUCUUUCUCUCCUCUUCUCUUCUCUCCCCUCUCCUUUUUUUUCUUUUGAGGCAGAACGAAUGCUCAUUAUAUACAAGUGCACCUUUCUUUGUCUGAAAAUGGCACUAGCAAUAAGCUAGAUAGGAAAGCCCUUUUCAGACGUUAUAAUUGCCUGCCAACUGUGCCUAUCAGGAGCAUGGAAUAUCUAGUUACCUAAAGUCCUUCUGAUAUUUACGGUUGUUAUGUU